AUGGGAUACACUAAGGAUGAUGAGCUUGCCAUCAACACCAUCCGACUCCUCGCGGUCGAUGCUACCUUCACAGCAAAUUCCGGUCAUCCCGGAGCCCCCAUGGGCCUUGCCCCGGCGGCACAUGUUAUGUUCAACAAAUUCAUGAGCUUUAAUCCAAGCAAUCCCCAUUGGCUGAACCGAGAUCGAUUCGUCCUGUCGAAUGGACACGGAUGUAUGCUACAGUAUGCUUUACUGCAUCUUUUCGGCUACAAGGUCUCAAUAGAUGACCUCAAAGCUUUCCGACAAGUCGAUAGCAUUACUCCUGGACAUCCCGAGAUUCUCGAUACACCCGGUAUCGAGGUCACGACAGGUCCAUUAGGCCAAGGUUUUGCGAGUGCUGUAGGCCUUGCGAUUGCACAAUCACACACUGCAGCAGUCUUCAACAAACCGGGCUUUGAUCUUAUCAACAAUCACACAUAUACCUUCUUCGGAGAUGGAUGUGCCAUGGAAGGCAUUGCAAGUGAGGCAGCCAGUCUAGCAGGCCACUUGCAGCUAGGCAACUUGAUCAUGAUUUAUGAUGAUAAUCACAUUUCCAUUGAUGGCGAUACUAUAUGCGCUUUCACCGAAGAUGUUCUCAAGCGAUUCGAAGCUUAUGGCUGGCACACUCAAUGGGUGAAAGAAGGAGAUACAGACUUGGAAAGCAUUGAAAAAGCAAUACAAGCUGCAAAGGAUGUGACCGACAAGCCAUCUGUCAUCAAGUUGACCACAACCAUCGGUUUUGGCUCUCUCCUCCAGGGUACUGGUGGUGUUCAUGGCAAUGCUCUGAAAGAGGAUGACUGCAAGCAAGUCAAAAAGAAAUUUGGCUUCAACCCUGACGAGUCAUUCGUUGUGCCCCAGAAGGUGUAUGACCAAUAUCACAAACAUGCAGAUGAGGGCGCAGCUAAAGAGGCCGAAUGGAAUAAGCUGUUUGAGAAGUAUACAGAUGAGCACAAGGACCUAGGCUCUGAGCUCAAGCGACGGUUGACAGGGGAGCUUGCGGAGGGCUGGCAGAAGAAGCUACCCACAUACAAGCCAGGGGACAAGGAUGUAGCGUCUCGAAAAUUGUCCGAGGCCGUUUUGGAAGCCAUUCAUGAAGUCGUACCGGAGCUUCUCUCAGGCUCCGCAGAUUUGACCGGAUCCAACAACACCAGGUGGAAGAAUGCAGUCGAUUUCCAGCCUGAUACCCUCAAAAGUGGAGGCAAAUCAAUUGGGGACAGAGCGGGUCGCUAUGUUCGAUAUGGUGUCCGAGAACACGCGAUGGCUGGCGUAAUGAACGGUCUUUCUGCAUAUGGUACCGUUAUCCCGUCCGGUGGAACGUUCCUCAACUUCGUUUCUUACGCCGCUGGAUCCGUCCGGCUGUCGUCUCUGUCCCACCAUCGUGUCAUUUACGUCGCAACACACGAUUCUAUUGGUCUCGGAGAGGAUGGACCAACGCAUCAACCUAUCGAAACUCUUGCCCAUUUCCGUGCUCUUCCCAACAUGAUGGUCUGGCGCCCGGCCGAUGGCAACGAGACCAGUGCAGCCUAUUACGUUGCUUUGACCUCGAAAUCCACACCGAGUAUCUUUGCCUUGACCCGGCAAAAUCUGCCACAAUUGGAGAAUUCAACCAUCGAGAACGCCAUCAAAGGUGGCUACGUCUCAGUUGAAGCCGAAAAUGCCGACAUCACACUUGUCAGCACAGGCUCCGAGGUCUGCAUCUGUAUUGAAGCAAUCAAAGUCCUCAAGGAAAAGAACCUCACCGCCCGUGUAGUAUCAAUACCUUGCUUCGAGGUCUUCGACGCACAGUCCAAAGAUUACCGACUCAAAUGCCUGCCGGACGGCAUCCCGUCAAUGAGUGUGGAGGCCAUGUCCACAUUAGGCUGGGAAAGAUACUCCCAUGAGCAAUUCGGCCUCAAUCGCUUCGGUGCAAGCGGUCCAUACAAGGACGUUUACAAGAAAUUCGAGUUCACACCUGACGGCAUCGCCAAGCGUGCUGUGCAGACCGUGGACUUCUACAAGGGCGUCAAGCCACGCUCACCCAUCAACCGCGCGUUUCAACAGCUCAUCUAG